CUGGUGAAGCUUUGUAUUGCAAUGAUUGAUACCGGGAAAGCAUUCUGUACAGCCAACAAGCAGUUCAUGAAUGGAAUUCGAGACCUUGCACAGUAUUCCUGUAAAGAUGCAUUGGUUGAGACCAGCUUGACGAAGUUCUCUGAUACCUUACAGGAAAUGAUCAAUUAUCACAAUAUCCUGUUUGACCAAACCCAAAGAUCAAUUAAAGCACAGCUUCAGACUUUCGUUAAAGAAGAUAUUAGGAAAUUUAAAGAUGCUAAGAAACAGUUUGAAAAAGUUAGUGAAGAAAAAGAGAAUGCUUUAGUGAAAAAUGCGCAAGUUCAAAGGAAUAAGCAACACGAAGUAGAGGAAGCAACCAAUAUUUUGACUGCAACACGGAAAUGUUUUCGACACAUAGCUCUGGAUUAUGUUCUUCAGAUCAAUGUUCUUCAGUCUAAAAGAAGAGCAGAAAUCUUGAAAUCGAUGUUAUCAUUUAUGUAUGCCCAUCUGGCUUUUUUCCAUCAAGGCUAUGAUCUUUUUAGUGAACUUGAGCCUUACAUGAAAGAUCUUGGUGCACAGCUGGAUCAGUUGGCUGUAGAUGCUGCAAAGGAGAAGAGAGAUAUGGAGCAAAAGCACUCCACUAUUCAACAAAAGGAUUAUUCCAGUGAUGAUACUAAACUAGAAUACAACGUAGAUGCAGCCAGUGGUAUUGUUAUGGAAGGCUAUCUAUUUAAGCGAGCCAGCAAUGCCUUCAAGACUUGGAACAGGCGCUGGUUCUCAAUACAAAAUAACCAACUUGUGUACCAGAAGAAAUUUAAGGAUAAUCCCACAGUAGUUGUUGAAGACUUGCGGCUUUGCACAGUUAAGCACUGUGAAGACAUAGAAAGACGUUUCUGUUUUGAGGUGGUUUCUCCAACAAAAAGCUGCAUGCUUCAGGCUGACUCAGAAAAGCUGCGGCAGGCAUGGAUUAAAGCUGUUCAGACCAGUAUUGCUACAGCAUAUAGAGAGAAAGGGGAUGAAUCUGAGAAACAGGAAAAGAAAUCAUCCCCUUCUGCUGGAAGCCUAGAAUCUGGGAGUGAGACAAAAGAGAAGUUGUUAAAGGGAGAAAGUGCUCUGCAGCGAGUUCAGUGUAUUCCUGGUAAUGCUGCCUGCUGUGAUUGUGGUUUGGCAGAUCCUCGCUGGGCCAGUAUCAACUUAGGAAUCACCCUGUGCAUUGAGUGCUCUGGGAUACACAGGAGCUUGGGAGUCCACUUCUCAAAAGUAAGAUCUUUAACACUGGAUUCAUGGGAACCUGAACUUCUAAAGGUAUGACAGUUUUGAAAUGA